AUGGUAAACUUGUCCUUGGUAUACUUCAUUGCAGGGCUUGCCAUCGCGACCCCUGAGACCCGCCACUGUCGAUGCCGACCACACGAAGAGUGCUGGCCUGCCCACCAGGAAUGGUCCCGCCUGAACGACACGAUCCAUGGAAAUUUGGUAGCAGUUCGACCCGUCGCCUCAGUCUGCCAUGAGCCCGAGUUUGACGGGUCAGCGUGCAAGGCUGUCACAGAGAAUUGGCAUGAUUCCCUCUGGCGAGCUGCCCAGCCAGGUGCGGUGCAAUGGGAAAAUUGGGAAUCUUGGGCCGAGCAUAAUGAAACCUGCUACAUCGAAUCGGAAAAGGACACGAAAUGUAGUCAAGGUAGGGUUUCUUUAUACUCUGCGAAAGUGCAGACAGCGGAACAUAUUCAGAAGGCUGUGGCUUUUGCCCGGACGCAUAAUUUGCGACUGGCCAUUCGGAACUCCGGCCACGACUAUCUUGGUCGCUCGACAGCCCCGGAGUCGCUGCAGAUCUUCACCAAUGGCAUGAAAAACAUCACUUUUGUGGAUAAUUUCGUACCCGCCGGUGCACCUCGGGGGAAGAGUGAAGGCCACGCAGUCACCAUGGGAGCAGGUGUUCACUUGGCCGAACUGUACCAGGCCGCUGGCGAAACGAACAGAACUGUUCAAGGUGGUGCUUCCCAUACCGUUGGCGCCGCCGGAGGAUAUAUUCAAGCGGGAGGCCAUUCACCCUUUGGAGCUCGAGGAGGGUUGGCAUCUGAUAAUGCCCUUGAGUUUGAAGUCGUGACGGCCAAUGGAACCCUGGUUAUCGCAAAUGAAUACCAGAAUACCGACCUCUUCUGGGCCUUGAGAGGCGGUGGGGGAGGAACAUUUGGAGUUGUUGUCAACGUGACCGUUCGAACACUCCCAGAGGCUCCAGUGAUAGUGGCCAAUCUGAACCUCACGACGUCUCUUGGUCAUGAUCAAUUCUGGGAUGCAGUGAGCGAAUACCAUGGAGCACUGCCAGAGCUGAACGACGCCGGCGGAUCUGGCUAUUACUUCGGAUUCCCAAUCUUGCCGGUCAAUUCGACAACUGAAAUCUCCGCGAUGACCUCUUUUCUAUUGUUCGCAGGAUACACGAACACAAGUGCCGUAGAUGAUCUUUAUGCGCCGUUACGGUCGAAGCUUCGAAAGCUCCCUGGCGUAACUGUUCAAUACGGUACAUUCCCGCUCCCGUCCGUGAACUCGACUCUCCAGAAUAAAUGGGCGGGAGAAGGAGGCGACGCCACCGGUGGCGUGGCAGCGGUUAUCUCACGUCUAUAUUCGAAAGACUUGUUGACAUCGAAGGACGGACCUAUUCGAUUGGUCAAGGCAUGGAGGAACCUUAGAUAUGGUCCUGGCGAUUCAUUCCGCGGUCAUGCCGUUGGAGGAGGCGCCGUCGCAGCUAACGGUAAGAAGAUUGACAGCGCUGUCAAUCCAGCGUGGAGAAAGACCAUCACUCAUUUGGUCAUCUCGAGGGCAUGGGAGGCCAAUGCAACGGUAGAACGCCAGCAUGCCAUGAUUAAGAAUGCCACGAAUGUCGAAAUCCCUCUGAUUCGUUCUGUGGAGGGUGAAGACAAAAUGGGCUCGUAUGGCAAUGAGGCGCAUCCAUACGAGCCUGGUUUCCAGCAAUCAUUCUGGGGAGAUAACUAUCCCCGUCUGUACCAGAUCAAGCAGAGGUGGGAUCCCGAGGGGCUCUUCAUUGCACGGUUAGGGGUGGGCAGUGAGGACUGGGAUGAUGCGGGGUUGUGUUUGAAGAGAUGA